AUGGCUAACUAUAAAAAAAAUGAAUUACUACCCACUGGGGAAUAUAAAAGAAUUAAAUUACCUUAUGAACUUAAUGAAUUAGAAUGGGUUAUUUCUUUCCAAACUAUGCAUUUUCAUUAUAAUAUCCUCCAUAAAAAUUAUGAAAUUAAACUUUUGGAAAUGUUGAAGGGAACCAAAAUCGAGCAACAGUUUUCUACUUUGGAAAAGUUGAUGGAAAAUUUGGAUAAAUUACCGACCGAAAUAGAAGAAGAUAUCCGUUUCUUUGGGGGUGGACUAAUAAACCAUAAUUUUUUUUUCGCUCACCUAACUAAAAUGAGUGAAAAAAACGAGGAAAAGAUUAAUCCGGAUUUGUUAGAAAAUAUUAAAAAAGAUUUAGAAAUCGGCAGUUUAGAAGAAUUAAAACGAAAAUUAGUAAAAAGUGCUUUGAAAGUUCGAGGAAAAAAUAAGUCAAAAAAGCAAGGUUAUCAGCAAUACCAAAUUCAAGCAGAAAUCUCUCCAAAGCAAACUGUUAAAAAUAAGUUACCUACUGACAUUAAUUGCAAGGAUAGUGCUAAGAGUAUUGAUGAACAUGCAAUAGAAAUAUUUAACCAAAUUUGGGGCAGCAGUGAAGGUAGAGGUUAUACUAUCAAUAACCUUCCUUUUAGUAGUGAAGAAAGUAUAAAAUAUUCAAAGGUUAAGAGUGAAGAUGAGAAGGAAGAAAAAGAAUUAGAUAAUCUGGAAAAGGAAAAAAAUUCCUUAAAAAAAUUAAAAGUAGUUAAAGCAAAUAUUAAAGACCAGGAUAUUGUCAACUUACAAAAAAAAGUUACUGAUUUAACCAAAUUAAAAAAAGAAACAGAAAAACAGUUAAAGGAAAAAGAACAGCAAAUUACUACUUUAUCUAAUCAUAAAUGUGAUACUCCUCAGGGAAAAGAAUUAAAUCUGUGGAAAGAAAGAGUAAUUAAAUUAACCACCGAAAAGGAUAAACUGCAAAGCCAAUUAGAGCAAAAAGAAAAAAAUAAUUCUAAUUCAAAAGGGGCUAAUUAUAGUCAUUGGAUUUUAGGAGGAAUAGUGAAAUUUUAUAAAGGAAUUGCCGAUGCCGAGUUGGAAAAUUCAAACCAACUCGUAUUAACAAUUAGUUUUUUGCUAAAAAUAUUAAAUAUAAAGAGUAUUAGCUCAGCGGAAGAGCGUCUGCCUUACAAGCAGAGGGUCGCUGGUUCGAUCCCAGCAUACUCUACCAUAGAUAAGGAAUACUCAGAAGAGAGAAAAAUUUGUCUCCUGAGGUGUGAAAAAAGUGCUCGUAGUUUUAUGUGCCGAGGAAUAGAGUUUUUGGAUAACAACGAAGAAAUUAGUCCUUGGGAAGAAGUUGCGGUAGAAAAAAAACAACGCAAAAAGAAAAAUGAAAGCACGGAAGAGAUAAAACUUACUCAGGUUAAAAAAGUAAAAGAUGGUGAAUCAGAAAAAGUUUUUUUAGUAAAAAACCAAGAAAAAGAGAUUUUUUUUGAGAAAGAAAAUGAAAAAAUUGCUAGUUCUUUGAGUGAAGAGCAAAAAAAAGUGUUUUAUUUAGCGGUAAGGGAAAAGGAAAAUAUUUUUUUUACGGGGGCAGCAGGCACUGGGAAAAGUUUUUUAUUAAAAAGAAUAAUUGCCGCCCUCCAAUUGCGUUAUGGAAGAGAAAGAGUGGCAGUUACCGCUUUGACCGGAAUUGCUGCCGUUAACAUAAACGGCACUACUCUUCAUUCUUUUUCCGGAAUUGGUUUAGAGGUUUUAGUAAUUGACGAAAUUUCUAUGUUAGAAGGAGAUUUAUUAGACAAAUUGGAAAUAAUUGCCCGAACUGUCCGGAACAAUAGCCAACCUUUUGGAGGAUUACAGUUAAUUUUCUGUGGGGAUUUUUUUCAACUUCCUCCGAGCGAAAAUAAACUAAUUAAACUUCUCAACGAGAUACGGUUUGGCGAGAUUUCGCCCGAAGGACUAGAAGUAAUGAAAGAACUAGAAGAAGAACCAAAAUAUCCGAAUGACGGUAUUAAAGCGAUUCAAUUAUCCGCUACUAAUGAGGAAGUUUCGCCUAAUCGAUUAUCCGAAAUUCUCCGAGGUUGCCUUGCUCCUAGUAAAUUACAAUUGAAACUUAAAUCCCAAGUGAUGUUAAUUAAAAAUUUGUCUCCUCAAUUAGUUAAUGGUAGUCAAGGAAUAGUAGUUGGUUUUCAAGAACAAGAAUGUAAAAUUAACCAUUAUGACCAAGAAACUAGAAAAAAAAAUGUUAAAAUUCCCUACACUCAUAUCGUCCAAGCCAGUCGUCAACAAAUUCCGUUGAUUUUAAGUUGGGCCAUUACUAUUCAUAAGAGUCAGGGACAAAGUAUUGAAAGGUUAAAAAUUAAUUGUCGUAGUAUUUUUGCCGAAGGACAAUUAUAUGUGGCUCUCUCUCGGGCAACUUCGGUUAAGUAUUUACAAGUUAUCGGUUUUAGGGAAAAUCAUGUAAUGCUUUGCCUUCCCAAAGUGAAUAAUUUUUAUCAAAAUUUACUCCAAAAUCAAACGGGAGUUAAAAAUAAUAUUAUCGGAAAGAAAGCUCAAUUGGUAGAGCAACCGCCUUGUAAGCGGAAUAUGAAUUACGACAACAACACACACACACACAGAAAAAACACUGUCGCUUUUGCGAAAAAGACCAUUACGGUAGCCAAAAAGUUUGCCGAAACUGUAUCGAACGAUACCGACCUAAAUUAA